AUGCCUCCUAAGUUCGACCCCAAUGAGGUGAAGAUCAUCCACCUCCGUGUGACCGGUGGUGAGGUCGGUGCCCAGUCUGCUCUGGCUCCCAAGAUCGGUCCCCUUGGUCUGUCUCCCAAGAAGAUUGGUGAAGAUAUUGCCAAGAACACUGGUGACUGGAAGGGUCUCCGUGUCACUGUCAAGCUCACCAUCCAGAACCGUCAGGCUCAGGUUUCGGUUGUGCCCUCCGCUUCCUCUCUUGUCAUCAAGGCCCUCAAGGAGCCUCCUCGUGACCGCAAGAAGGAGAAGAACAUCAAGCACACCAAGUCCAUUGCCUUUGACGAGAUUGUUGAGAUCGCUCGCCAGAUGCGCGCUCGCUCUCUUGCCAAGGAGCUCAAGGGUACCGUCCUUGAGAUCCUCGGUACUGCUUUCUCCGUUGGCUGCAAGGUCGAUGGCCGCAGCCCCAAGGACGUCAGCGACGACGUCAAGGCUGGCGAGAUUGACGGUGAGUUUGCACUUCUUGCUUGGAUGGCCGCAUGCUAA